CAGUACAUAACACAUAGUCUACCACUUCAGUUUGCAUUAAACUCAAAAUUUUUAGUAAUACAUGUCCAUUGCAAGAAUGAUUUAACCACAUCCAUUUAUAGAUCCAUAAUUUCUGGAAAAAGAAAAAAAGAUGUAUAGACAACCAGUAAACACAGGCCGUAAACCAAGUUCAGAGAACUUCUGCUCCUCGAUUAUGCACAAAAUUAGGUGGAGAUCUCAGGAGCGCUAUCCUUCCGGUGACCAAGGCCAGCGCACUGCACAUUCCAAGAUGAAAUCAGCACAAGAGUACACACUACGUGGAAAUUCAGAUAAAUGCAACCAUGACGGUAAAAGAAUAAAAGACAUUAAGUACGUUGCUAAGAAGGUGAGAAGGGUGACGUCAUCAAUUCCACUUGUUAUUAGGAGUGGAGAGGCUUACGAGGUGGGGGUGGAAGGCUGUGAAUCAUGUACCUUGGGACGAGAGGGCUAUAAGAAGAUAUUGCAGUCCAUCAAAAUUAUAGAAAUACUAGUCGAUGGCGUCAUCGAAAAAGAACAAACCGACCUGCUGGAUAGUAAGGAGAUCGGCUUAGAUGACGGGUUUGGUGAGGGGGAUAAAAGUAAUUUGAAAAAAGGUUCCUCAUAUGACGAACAACCAUCACGUGAAAAGGAUGUUAACGUUGAGAAAGACGCCGUUGACCAUAAUCUCAAAUGCAUUCUAAUCAUGUUACAGAAGUGCAUUGGGGACACUCUUGUUCAAAUUUGUUACGUGAAGAGUAAGAACUUGACUGAUGACAAGAAAUACAGACACUUUAAUAUCCCCAUCAGUGAUCUCAAACUUUUGAAAUUUGAGUUUACAAACUUAACACAUAUAAUAAUACAACUAUUCAAAAAGAACGUAAAAGGAAGUAAGGUAGACGAGGAUAUGUGCGUCUUGUGUGUAAAGGAAAAACUGAUUGACUGCCAAGGAAGACUAGUGGAUGAAUUAAAAUCAGGAAGGAAUUUAAAGGUAGUUAUGAAAAACGGUAAAGCACGUGAAAAUGAACAGCCUUGCUGUUCCCGUGAAUACCCCCAUGUUCAUGCAGAGGCGGAGGGCAAUCCCAUCGUCCUGAAGUACUCUCUUCCUUUUCAAGUAAAUAAAACUCCAGAGAAAGAUGUUCCGCUUGACAAACCAACAACCAAACAAAAAACCACACCAAGUAAAUCUGGAAGUAAAAAUGUUUCUGACAUAAAGGAAUCACCGAAAGACUCUGAUGAAAAAGUACAAGAAAAUAAACCAGUUGAGAAUAAUUCUCAACCUAUAGAUUAUAGUACAACUGGGAAUACAAAUGGGCAACAAAAGAAAGAAAUUCCAAUCAACAAAAUAACCAAACCCAUACCUUACGACCAAUGGCCAGAUGAAGCUGGUGAUGAAACAGAGGUUAAAUCUGCAGAAAAGGUUGAAAACAGAUCAUACAAUUCCUUUAGAAGGCGAUAG